AUGACUGCAGCCAUCAACAAAGCUUUAUACAACGAACAAGGGUACAUCAUCGUCCCAAAUCUCAUUCCUUCAGAGAUGUUCGAGGCCCUCAAAGAGGCAUGCGAGCAUGCUAUAGCUAAGACCAGAACUGGAUCAUGGCCCCACCGGCGCACCGUCGGAAGACAGUUCCCUCCUUUCGACGAUAGCAAUCCAGAUUUGUGGGGCGUUCAACACCUCAUGCAUCCUGACCUCGAGGAGCCCCCAUUUGCAGAGUGGUACACCUCGGAUGCGCUCAUUAAUGUUGCGAAGGAGUUGUUGCAAUGCAACGAAGAUGAACUACAAAUGGAGCUUUUACACCUGCUAAUCAACCCAUUAGAACACGAUUUUGCCCUUCGAUGGCAUCGUGAUGAUGUACGAGAAAAUGCGACCGCUGAGGAAGAAGUUAUUGCUCUUGGACUCUGGACGCAUGGAGUUCAAUGGAAUACGCGAAUAUCCUCCAACGACUCGUGUCUCUACCUCGUCCCGAAGACCCAUAAACUGCCGAGAACGGAGCUUCACAGAGCUCAGUCAAUGACACAAGCACCACCUGCGAACCCUUUAGACAUGCCGGGAGCGAUUCAAGCCACCUUGCAACCUGGCGAGUCGGUGUUCUAUAAUAACAAUAUAUUACACUGUGGAGCAUACAACUCGAAACAGCGCCGCGUCGCGGGGAAAGGCUGGGUCGUUGUGAGCCAAGUACAGAGCUUGCCAGGGAGUAUUGCUACGGGCAUUAGUAAGUAG